AAUAGUUUCACCAAUACGGAAAAAAAUAAGACAUGCUUACCAGUUUGCUUUGCGUAAUUUUACUGCUGAAUUUGAUUCAAAUUUGCAGCACCGGAAUCGGGUGUUUUGGAUGCAAACCUGUGAAGUCCCGAUCUCAAAAAACUCUGCCUGGGCCCAUGAAAAAAAUGAUUGAAUUUGAUGAAAAUGACAUUGAGCAGAAUGGGGAUCCAAUCACAUUUGCUUGUAUUCACAAACCCGGCCAAACUGAGUUUACGAUGGCGAUGAGUAAUAACGCAGCUGAAAUGUCAACCUUGAUCCAGGCAUUGGGACAUAACAAACGGGGACUAUCGAUUUUUUUCACCGGAAUCGGUGCGAUUUUGAUGGAAAAAAAUGCUACUCAACUGGAUGGUAAAGGCUGGUACGAAUCAAGCGAUACAAAUAUAUGUUACGUUGGCUAUCAAUAUAUGAAAUCUAAAACAGUAGCUAUAAAGAAGUUACUUCACUUGAGAAGUAUGAUCAAGGACAAGCGCCCUCAUUUCGUAGCCAAAGAAACGUGUGAUUUUUUUAUGAAAGUGAGAAUAAUGUGUAUGGAAUCCGGGCACAACUGCCUCGAUGAUAUUUCGAAUAUGGUUGUGGUUGGUUAUAGCCUCGGUGCGCAUAUUGGAGCUUUUUUUGUUCGUUGUUUGUUCCAAAGGACCGGUCAGAGAAUUGGAAAAUUAAUAGGCCUAGACCCGGCGGCAUGUACACAAUUCAUGGAUAAAUCCAAGUAUAUCCAAAGUGGUGAUGCUUUUAAUGUACAAACGAUUCAUACGUCUUCGACGUCUGGAACAAACGAACGGCUGGCAGAUAGUAACAUCGAAGUGAAUCACAAUUGCCCACUUUGGGAUCUUGAGAAUACUCAUCGAUUGGCUAAAUUUAUGCACAUAAUUGUGUCCGCCCGAAAAGCAGUCAUGAUCGCUGUAGCUAAGGGCCAUGGAAGAGUGAUCAAUUUACAAGAUACCGAAGUCCAUGAUAUCCAUGUAGCUGCAGAUGAAUGUGUAAUUGGUGUCUACAAUCAGGAUGUGCCAAGCGAAAGUCAACCAAGAAAGAAAUAUGAAAUAUCUUUGCGGUGGGAUUGUAAAUCAGCAGAGGGAAUACAAUUGAAAACAGUUUCAAAAUAA